AUGCCCAUGUCCACAACAUCAACCUCCACCUCGACAUCACCCAACACCUCACUAUCGGAUCAAGCCUCCCUCACAACCAAUCCUCCACACCCAAACCUACAAAUACCACCCACCCCACCCCUCCUCUUCCCCUCCGCGCACCACGAAUCAACCGAAAUCCUCCAAACCCUCACGCACAUCCGCACGCAUCUUCACCGCGCCUCGCACCUCUACGCCCAAAAGGCAGCGUUUCUUGACGAUUUAGAAAGACAAUGGAUUGAGUCUACGAUUGCAGAUACAGCGGACGCGGUGCAUGCGUUAGCGGUGUUGGUUGAGCCGGUGAGGGUGGAGUGGGAGGUGAGGAAUCAGCCCACUAGACAUCAUAAUGUCAAGGGGAGGAGUAAGCGGAUGUCAAUGGGAUUGGGGACGCAGUUGAGGUGGGUAUGUAGGGAUGGGCAGAGGGCGAAGGUGCAGAGGAGCAGGUUGAUGGUUUGUUAUUCGAGCUUGAUGGUGGUUUUGGAGAGGUUGAUGGGGGUGGGUUGCGAUGAUGGAGGGAAAGGGGUAGUAGGGAGAGGAGGCGGGGAGGUAUUGGGUAUAGAGGAGGUGGAGGUACAGGAGUUGCCUGGGGAGGGUGAGGCGCUUGGUAUUGGCGCUGGCGCUUAUACUGAUGGCGAGGCGAGUUCGGGAGUGAACGCUAUGAAAGGAGGAGGGUUGGGGUUAGAUGUUAAGGAUGAGAUGCGGGAUUUAUUACGCUGGAGGCAGGCGAAGGGAAAUAAUAUUUAG